CUGGCAGUGAAGAUACAGACUCACGUAUGCAAACACUACAUCUUCGGGAUGGAUCUGUGGACAAUUUUGCAUUUGAUGAUCACCAUUGCAAUAUCAUACAUUUCAUGUUCGGAGCAGCACUGUGGGGUGUUUAUACUAUUUAGAAGACGCGGGUACGCUUCCGCCGAUACUGUAUCAACAUAUGAGUCACUGGUGGACCGAUUCCAUAACGUAUCCAUGUUAGAGUGUGCCGACAGGGUGUACACCAAGUACAACUGGUUCAUCUAUGGUGCAAAGAGCAGAACAUGCACCGGAAGCAAAUGCCUGUUUCUGCCAGUAACACUUUCGGAAACUCCUUCAGACUACAUCAUCUAUCAUCGUGACCAGCCACAUAUGUGUGAAGACAUUAAGACCAGGGACCCGACAGCUGGUGACGGGGAGUAUGUGCUAUAUCCCACAGCUGCCUCCAUGCAUGGGUGUCCUACUAAGAUAUACUGCAGUAACAUGGCGUCUGGAUCCCCGCUCGAGUUUGUGACUUUACCAACACUCAACGAAGGAAAUUACCCAGAGGUCCACACUAUGAACUGCACUGAAGAGAUACCCUAUCUGUCUGGGUUUGGAGUUGGAAGUGAAGGCAACUAUCUAUACUCUAAAAUACGAAUCCAUGUAAAGAACAUGACCAUCAAGGCAGAUGACUUCACGUUUGUCAAUGUGGUCAUGGGGAAUACUUACCCAUACGGCACAGCGUCUGACUGCUACACUUACCAAGCUACCUGUGGUCCUAAAGGAACGUUCCACAUCAACACCCUGGGAACGGGGAUGCUUGUGGAUAAACAGCUCAACUGGAUUUUGCAUGAUUUUUCCCAUAAGGGAAAACUGCGUGUCGCUAGAUCACCAGGGGGAGAGAAGAUUGAACUCCUCUGCGGUGGCUUCUGCGGAGGAUGCGUGCCGGAUGGACCAAUUGUGCUAUACCCGAAUACCGAGGAUGCUGCAUUUCUUGGCAACAUAGGAUCCAGUUUGACCAGAGAGAAAUCGAUUGAAUGAAGGCGAAGUGUCACAUUUCCCAUGCCUCUUCAAGUUUUCGGUAAACACUUCACGGCCUGGUAACGGGAAUAUUAUAAAUAAUUUUAUUAUUAACUCUCUUUCCCUGGUGGAAAGGUCUUAAAAUGUGAAGUCAAGUGUGAAUGCCCCGGUCCCUGAUUUAAGCGUGGGUCGCGCACUCCUGGAUCGAGUACACAGCCGCUAGAGAGCUAACUGUACAAAUAAAGUUCAGUUAAAGGACUGUAGCUUAUUAAAAUUGUUUUAAAAUAACACCUGGAGGCGUUGUCUCAUGAGAGUUUGGUGUUAAAUUACGUGUGAUAUAUUUAUAUCCCGAAAUAUGUACUGCAAACAUCGCAAUUAACCACGUAAAUUUUAUAAAAAAAACACGUGAUAUUUCACAGAACUGUGCGACAGAACUUUUGAAAACAAAAAGUUCUGUCACCUGAAUUCCGAGGUCGUGGUAUUUAAGAAAUAAUCGACGAGUGAGAGUUGUUUAUCGUACAAUAAAACACGAGUGGUUUAUUCUUCCUACAUUGUUUUAUUGUACGAUAAACAACGACCACGAGUCGUUUAUUAUAUGACAUAUCAACAUUAUGUACAGGCUCUUUAAGGAUGAUAAUAAAAUGUACAUGCCUUAAAAAUAUUUACCCGUAUUUGAAUUAUGAUGACACCUCGGCAUUGUCGGACAAGACGAUUUUAUGUACAGGUGGGUAUUUCCCGCAUUUUCUCACAAUCCA